AACGUUGUACGCUUCCUUCCUCUCCGAGUCGGCCGGGUUAUAUUUCGAUACCUUGUCUACAUCCGUCCUUUCCUUACAACGCUUGGUAAAGAGCCGGUCUCCAGCCAGAGAUCGUUAUCAGGGCAUAUUGUCUCGCUGCCCCUACUCUUCAGCUCGGGAGUAGACAGAUCAAAACCUUGGGACGCGUCAAAGCUCGCGGCUAUCUUUAAGAAGGCGACAUCCGUCUGCUGGGAUACCUGUGUUAAUCCUCAGAUAUACCGACAAAUCGCUAUUGGUAUUACCGAGAAGCACGUCAUCGAGAUUGCUAUGCCAUUCAACCGGUAUGACGACCUUGGCCCGAAUGCGAGCAUCAAUGCCGUCUUUGCCGGGCAGAGCAGCCAUCGCCCUAUUCAGCGCGCAACUACAUACGGACUCGACGGAGCUUUCCCUUCGCAACUUCAGCCAGCCCUUAUCCGCAUCUAUGAGUGGGCGUCCUUUCGCUGGCACGAGUUCUUACAUCAACCGAGUCGACGAAUGCUCCCAAACACCCGCUCGUCGUACGACGAGCUACGACCGCUUGUUAGUAAGCAGCAGGACUUCCCUCAGCUGGAGGGUUUGCAAGACCAAGACCUAGGAACAAACGAAGACAAUAUUGAGACUGAAGCGACAGUACGAGCGAUGAUCCGUCCACCAACCCGUCCACCAAUUCAACCGGUUGAUAAACUGGUUUAUAUCGACACGACCCGCAACGUUACUAUCUGUCUCCUCUGCCGGCUGGGAAUUAAACCAGGUAACGGUACUGUUGUACAUUUCCGGGGCAGACACAGUAUGAAGGGAGAUGAGCUACAGGACAUUCGCAGAAUUUGUUUCCAACCUACGCUUGUCGAUCCGUUUAGCAUUCCGGUCCCGGACGACAAUACUUCACCAUUGGGCUAUUUACCGAUCUUGAGAGGGUUUAACUGUACAGGUUGCCGCUUCCUAACAAUUUCCAAUAAGAACAUACGUAAGCACUGGAGAGCGACGCAUUGGAAGGGGAUACAGUUUGACGUGGUACCCGACGAUAUAUAUAGCACUGUACAGUUACAGAGCUUCGGGGUACACUCGCGUGCUCAGUACUGGAUAGUUAAGAGCGAUAUUGAGGGAGAAGAUACUCUAGAGUAAGAGUAGUUUAGAAGGAUAGUAGAGAUAGUAGAAUCAAAGUUUCAUUACGCUA